AUGAAAAUUAAUGGAUCAUCUUUAUUUAUAGGCAAUGGAUAUGAAAUUGUGGCGGUAGCAAUGAUCCAAAUAAAUACUCCAAGUGGUCUCACUGAAAAAGAGUUGAGGCCACAUGGAGUAUUUAUUUGGAUCAUUGCUACCGCCACAAUUUCAUAUUCAUUGCCUGUAGAUAAAGAUGAUCCAUUAAUUUUCAUCGCUAAUCCUGUAGAAUCUAACAUGCCUGGACAUUGGAUGCCAUUAAGCAUUGUUCGAAUUAUAUUAUCAGCAGUCAAAACAACCGCUACUGUACCACAACUUACAAAAAAGAUUAUCAUUUCCACAACCAAAUCACGGAUUACACUAUCUACAGCUGCGCCUACGUUUUUGACAAUUUCAAAAUCAAGUAGUGACAUAACAUCAACAUCUGUUGUAUCAAAAACAACCAAAGAACGAAUAACAGAUGCGUCCACUGAAAGAUCUACAGAAGCAACCAUAGAAGUAGUCACAGAAGCUACAACUGAAGCACAAACCGAAGUUCCAACUAAAAUAAGAAUGGAAGUGACAACGGAAGCAACAACGGAAGUGACAACGAAAUUCACAACGAAAUCCACAACGAAAGCCACAACGGAAACCACAACAGAAGUCACAACGGAACCGACUACGGAAGCAACAACGGAAGCAAUAACAGAAGCAACAACAGAAGCUACAACAGAAACAACAUCAGAAGCAACAACAGAAGCAACAACAGAACCUACAACAGAAGCAACAACAGAAGCAACAACGGAAACAACAACAGAAGCUACAACUGAAACAACAACAAAAGCACCAACGAAAGCCGCUAAACCAUCUCAAUCAGCUAAGAAAUCACCAGCUAAGAGACUUGCUAAUAAAUCGGAUAUGUUAUCUUCAGUAAUAAUAACAGUAUUUGGACUUACAUUAUUUAAAAGUUUAUUGGGAGAAAAAUGGGCAAAUAUAGAGAAUGAUCCAUUAUUGUUCAUCGCAAAUCCAGUGGAGGCAGAGGUACCUGGUCAUUGGAUACCAUUGAGCAUAGUUAAAGUAAUACUGGGAAGAACAACAAAAACAAAUAAAAUUUCAACAACGCGACAAAUACUAAAAUUCAACACAACAAUGGCUACAACGACACCAACUACUACAACAACAGCAACUACCACAAUAACAUCAACCACUACAACAACACCAACCACUACAACUACAUCAACCACAACAACACCAACCACAACAACACCAACCACAACAACUACACCGACCACAACAACUACACCGACUACAUCGACCACAACAACAACACCAACCACAACAACUACACCGACCACAACAACAACACCGACCACAACAACUACACCGACCACAACAACUACACCGACCACAACAACUACACCGACCACAACAACUACACCGACCACUACAACUACACCGACCACUACAACUACACCGACCACUACAACUACACCGACCACUACAACUACACCGACCACAACAACUACACCGACCACAACAACUACACCGACCACAACAACUACACCGACUACGACAACUACACCACCUACGACACUAAAACACAAACCUCCUAGACAGAAGAAGAAUAAGAUUGACGGUCAUGAAAAUUCUGCGUCGUAA